UUCUCCAGCGCGCCGAGGCCCGCGCAUGCGCACGGCCUCACCGCCGCUGGAGCCGGUUCCUAGCGCUCCUCGGCUCCGCGCUCUCCGGUGACCUAACGGACUCAACGAUCGGCGAUGUCCGAGCUGCCCGGAGAGAGCCGAGUCCCCGACCUGAGCCCCGUGGCUGGCAUCGGCGACGUCCUGCAUGGGGACGUGGGCGGAGGCAGUCGGGUCCCCGAGGCCCAGGAGGGCCCGCUGGCCGCAGCCGCCCGGUUCGUGGCGCCGGCCCCGGGCCCGCUUCCCAGGCGACUCCCCGGCGUGGCGGGCCUGGUGGCCAUGCCGCACGUCCACGCGCCGCUCCGCCUUCUAGAGCUGCACGAGCAGCGGAUGUUCCAACACUACCUGCACACCAACCCCCUGAUCCCCGCCCGGCUGCUCCGCGACAUCGAGGAGCGCCGCCGGCUCUUCGUGGAGGGCUGCAGGGCCAGGGAGGCGGCCUUCGACGCCAACCCCCCGCAGAUGGACUCGCACGCCCGCGCCUUCACGCUGGCGCUCACCGCCUCCGACGCCCGCGGCCCCACCGCUGACUGAAUUGGUGGCCUUAGCCUCUAAUGCCAGCCCUCGGGAGGGAGGAGGCUGGAGGAUCCGGAGUUCAAGGUCCCCUCGGCUACGCAGAGUGGGAGGCCAGCCUGGGCUACAGGAGACUCUGUCUUUUAUAUAAAAAAAUAAAAAUAAAAAGAUUGAUGGCCAGGAAGUCAGGUGACUCUUAGGGUCAAGGGCAGAGGCAGAAGUCUGGGCAAAUGUCAUGAGGUUGGGAAGUCCAAGCAGAUCUUAGGCGGGGGCAGGGUGGAGUGCAGCAGGACCCGGAGGUGGACACUUGGGGCUUGAAGCUGGUGGCAAAGAAGACUCUUCUGACUUCCUCCUCGUGACCGUUAGCGAUCCCCCUACCCCCCCGCAUUUGUGGGAACUCAAGGUUGCAUUACUAUGAAGGAUGGUUUUGCAAAGAUGAAGUCUAAGAAUUACCAAUGUUAAAAGAAAAAACUUAGAAAUCAACUGAGAUACGGAGAGAAACCGGGGAGAUUGGUUCACAGUUGCUCCUGGGUUUGACUAGCAUCAGAAGAGACAACUUGGACACUUCAGAACUGAGGGGUCAUCUCGUUAUCAGCUGACAAGCUCAAUGUGCCGUUAAUUCUUGUGUUUGAUGCUCUGUAGACAAGUUGUAAAUAUUCAGAUGGGGGGAAAUCAAGUAUGUGUUUGUGAGAUGAGUAUUUCUCAAGACAAUGUGCACUUGUAUCCACGGGGGAAUAGAUUUCAUUUUUUUAAGCUUUUAUUUAUUAUGUACACAGUGUUCUGUCUAUGUGUCUGCCUGCAUUCCAGAAGAGGGCACCAGAUCUCAUUAUAGAUGGUUGUGAGCCACCAUGUGGUUGGUGGGAACUGAACUCAGGACCUUUGGAAGAGCAGCCAAUGCUGGUAACCUCUGAGCCAUUUCUCCAGAACCAGAUUUCCUAUUUAAAUGACAGGUGUGCCGUCACAAGCCGCAGAAGUAGCAAAAGAUGCUUUGGGAAGUUAAACUUUUCUCUCUGCCACACUGAAAACUGUCUAAGCAAGCAUCCAUAGUGAUUUGGGUUGGGGUGGGGAGAUUGUUCUCUGAAGGGUUUUCAAAACCAUUUUCUAAUGCAUAUGCAAGUUGAAACCAACCAAAUUCUCUCUCCUAAUCCCGGUGCUGAGGAUGGGACCCGGAUCCUUACACUUGCUACCCCUGCCCUACAUUUCCAGUCCCUUUGAGUCAAGGUGGGGCUGGUGACAUUGGUUACAGUGUUGCCUCUGAGCCUAUUACUGAGUUUGAUCCUGGGACCCACAUGGUGUGAAGGUCCACUCCUCUUUCUGCUGACCACCACUCAUGUACACACACAUGCAAUGUAAAAAAAGAAAUCUCGAUGGUAUGUACCUGUAUCAGCAUCUCGGGUUUUUUAUAUUUUCAGUUAUAUGGGAAGUAAUUCUCUAUUGUUUUCUUUUUUAAUGACUACUGUUUACGGCUGUAUCUUAACAUAUUUAAUGAACUAGUCUUUUGGGCAUCUGGA